AUGGCAACUUAUCGCAGAGCUAUUGAUCACGUUGGAUUCCUGGUCAAAAUCGAACGAGCAGGUUUUCCUUUGACCCUGAACCACUAUUUUGCUUCGACUAUCUCAGCGCGGCGAAAAGCUCGCAUGGAGAAACAACUCCGGGAUCUAAAAUCGUGGCAGAUUAAUGACGACGAGGCGCAACCGCUGCUGCGUUUCAACGAUGUUCUCAAAGCGUACGUGAGCAACGAGCAACAUACUGUCGAGGAGUUCGAGGAUGUGCUCAAAUCUUAUCACAAGGUUGCACGAAAGCGGUUUGUGGAUAACGUUUGCAAACAGGCCAUUGAUCAUCAUCUCAUAUGUUCUGUAGACGGGCCACUACAGGUCUUUUCAGCCGAAUUUGUGGGCAAACUGGAACAUGAUGCAUUGAGGGCGUUGGCGGAAGAAGACAGCCAUAUCAUGAAUCGGCGGAGAAAGUUGGAAGGAGAUCUCCAAACUCUGGCUCGUGCCAUGGAGCGCCUCGCAGAGCCUUAA